AUGGCAUCCGUUUUGCGUUUCCGCACUGCUUGGGGUAUUGACCCCGGUACCAGCUACGAGAACUGGGCCAAGUGGUUUCCGACUCUGAAGGCCCAAGGCUACGUGGACAUCACUGACCUCAACGAUCUCCCUUCAAUCCGUCGCAUUGCCGAUGAUGCUGGACUGGAAGUAAACGUUCUUGAGGGAUGGACCGUGGACGAGGCGGUUGAAUUCUACAGCGGGACGUUCGCCAUCGAUGCCGAAUUAGGCCUUACAGGCAAGGUGUCCCACGAAACUCACAGAAACACGGCGCUUUUCAACCCAUACUCUACUGCAGCAGUAUUACGUAGAGUGCCAAACCUGCGCAUCACGGCUGAUUUCUCUCACUGGGUGGUGGUCUGCGAACGUCUCUUGGAUACUCAUGAGGAGGAUAAGCAGAUUCUCAGCGCCGUUAUUCCUCACGUGACACAUAUUCACGCAAGAAUGGGCACAACGCAAUCAUCGCAAUGCCCGGACCCAACGCACGAGGUGUUCAAGGAGGAAAGAAGGUUCUUUGAAACAGUCUGGAAGCAGAUUAUCGAUGCCACUGCUACUGCUUCGGAGCCUAUUACUUUCGUUCCUGAAUAUGGACCAUACCCGUACCAUCCUUUUGGCUCUCAGAAAACAUUCUCUGAAGUCGCUGAUAGCGAAGGAGCUCGACUCCACCCGUCUUUCGAAACCUACGCCAAGGCUGCUAUUGCGUCCCGCUCAUAA